AUUAGAGGUCUAGCGGAGAUAGUGGAUAACUCGAGUUAAUACGGUAUUGGGCUCUUGUGGUUGUCAUCUGGUCCAGCUCAGUUCUGGGGAACAGGGUACGGCAAAUCACAAAAUAUGAUUCGUGAAGAGAACUUGAGUUGAGCGCAGAAAAACAAAGUGAGGAUGGAAUUUAUAGCUCAGCUCAUGCUCAAGUGUAAGUCUAUAUACCUCCAACCCUCUCCAGGACGCCGGUCACGGUAUGGAUGGUGACGACUGUGGUCGCGACACUUCCUCUACAUCACGGCACGAGCAAACGUUCGCCGACCUCAUGAGCAGCCCACGACAUCGCCACCAACAACAACCUUUCCCGAAACUCUUCAGACUGCCCUUAUAAGCUCGCCCAUGCGUCCAUCAGCUUUGGAAUAUCACCAGACACCCUCAGCAAGGACAAACUCUCCAAAAAUCCCUACAUCCUGCAACCGCUGGCUCCGACAAAGUCUUAGGCACAAUCCUUCCGAAACUCCAAUUUCCCCAAACAAAAGGCCAGCCUUAAUCUUCACGAGUAUCUAUCUUUUCCAGAAAACAGCAUACUCCAGGGAGAAUAAUAUGACCGGCUCUCGGCACCCGCUGAAUAGGCUUUGGAAGUACAAUGGCUUAGGGCGCUAUAGUAUAUUUCCCACACGAAACUUCUAUGAUCUUGGCCAGAAUCUUAGGAAGUCCCAUCUUCAAUAGUACUUCUAUGCAAGAUGCUUAGAAUGGGGUAUCUACCUUCUCUAUCAUGUUCACGGGGCGGAUGAUUACUCCAAAUCACCAGGCACUUUCUCUAGCACAUCCUCAGUACCAUCCAUCCACCUAUACCUUCUCCCUAUCUACCAUCUCACUCUCACUCUCGUAAUCGCAAUGGCUAUCCCAUCCUCCACCAUGCUGGGCAUAAUGUGGGGCCAGCUCGGUGUCCAAGCCAUCUUUGUAUUCUUCCGCUUCUGGAUCCGCAAGUUCAAACUUAAGAGCAAGAUGGCACCACCAGACUACCUGAUAUUCCUAUCGCUAUUCUGGACUCUCGUUGGAAUAAUCCUCAUGACAAUGAUCACACUCCUCGACAUGAAAGCCGAGGCGAGCGCGGAUAAUGAGUUGGAAAAGCUGAUCCCAUACAUAGCACUUUCGAAGGAGGAUAUGGCAAAGUACAUGAAGUAUACCGUUGGCAUCACUGUCUGCUACUACUCCGCCGUUUGGUCUGCAAAGGCAUCUUUCUUGGCGAUGUAUUUCGCCCUAGGAGAGAAACUUAAUAAAUGGAUGAGGAAGGUGCUUCUUAUCGCCACGAUUUUCACAGGGGUGUCUUGGGUUGCGGUGAUAAUCAUCAACUUGAUGUGGUGCAGGCCCUUGAGUAGGACCUGGGAAGUAGUUGUCCCAACAGACCCGCAAUAUUGCAUGUACCUCGACCUCCCAGUUUUAGCAAUCCACUUUUCCUUGAACCUUAGUACCGAUCUCUUCCUGUUAUCAUUCUCCCUAAUCCUCCUCCGAAGCGUACACAUGCAACGCCGCGAAGUCGCAGGUUUCGCAUUUGUGAUACUAAUCGGCAGCACCAGUAUAAUCGGUGCGAUAGCCCGGGUGGCGGUAAUCUUCCCGUACUGGGAUGACUAUAUCCAGCGCUACGAAUGGAAGCAGAAAGCCGCGAUAUGGUCUAUGGUGGAGGGGUCCGCUGCUAUAAUCGCCUGCUGUUUGCCAUCCUUCCGCUUAUUCAUUCGCAACAAGAAAGCAAAGAACCCGUUUGGCUCCUCAAGGGAUGAGGAAGGGGAAUUCGUCAAUCCGGCUUUUGUUGUCGGGAAAAAGAAGGGGAAGAGGGGGAGGGAGGGGAAGAGGAAUGUGGUGGCGGCGGUAAAGGAGGUUGAGGAAGGUGAGGAGACGCCAUGGGAUAUUCCAGGUAUAGAGUUGGCACCGUAUGCUGGAUCGGUGGACAUGGAGAGCGAUGAUGGGGAUGUGAGAAGGCACAUGAGUAUUCUAGGAUCAAGGGAGAGGAUCAGUGAUGUUGCGCCUAGCCUUGGGAAUGAGCCAUGGCCUAGGACUGCCUGGGAUAUUCCGGGGAUUGAGAUUGAGUCUGAUACAUCGGAGGGCGGUGGGGAGGGGAAGUAACUUUGUGGGAAAAUAUUAUUAUGAUAGCUCAUUUUCGAGCAAGUUUGUUUAAAUCUGUGGUGGAUGGACGGACAGUGGAUAGGUUGAGAAUGUGCUCUUCAGCAUGUACAGUACAGUACGAUACAAUUGUUAAAAGUAUGAUAGCUUAAGUUCUAAAUGUGGCAAUGAUUUUUUUUAUCACUCG